AUGACAUUUGUACUGCCGAGCGCAGCGACUACAGAACAUCCCGUCGUCACCAGCAACUCGCCUGUCAAGAAGGUCCACUCUCCAAAGCCAAUCCGACGAGUCUCGUUUGACAAGAUCCAACGCCUAGCUGGACUGAUGGAGGUUACCAGCGUCCCUCGUCCUGUUACCAAGACCAACACUGCUGUUGACAAUGCCACUGCCACUCUUACCACUGUCAUCCGCCUGGUCAACAGCGGCAACAGUAAUUACAUUCCUCCUGCUGCUGUCAACACCACCAACACCACCACCGGAAUCAGAGAAAAGCUCACCCUGACCACCGUCAGACCAGUCCUACUUAACAGUAACAGCAAAAAAUACAUUCCUCCUCCUACUUCCAAGAUAACCACCUCCACUGUUGACCGCUUCUUCACCAACUACUCAUGCUCCUACUACUCCUCCUACAACAAGAACAUUAACAAAUACCCUACUAGCAAAUACCUACGCGAGCUCCUCAGAGGCUCAGUACCAGACCAUAGCAUCGGAUCAAGACACGGCGUGAUUGGACCAGAGCGGACAGGAAGGAGAACUGAGGUUUUUGGGACGGAGUGGGCUUAG